AUGAUUUCUACUCGCAUUGGUCACGGCGGUGUUGCUAGCGGUCGUGGCAUCAGUGUUCUUUCGACAAAGACACUGCACUUUGCAAAGGAUAUCUAUCGUCACUACCGGUUGAGAUUGUAUGUACGCACCAGGAAGCGGAGCAUACAUGGGAACAUACGAAACAGUCAGGAAUGA